AUGAUCAUCUCCGAGCCAGGAGCACUUCCUCCCGGCCAAUCGAAAGCCUCGUCUCCUGUUUCCCGCCUUGUUGCUACUUGCGACGAGCAGCUUAAACAGACAGGCCCUUCCUUCACCCUCAGGUAUGCUCUUCGUAUCGGUACAGCUGCUCGACAUAUGUCCGUCUGGAGCUCCAAUCCCUCCGCCGUCGGAGCUGCCGGGCCAUUGAUUCGUCAACCAGCAGCCCCGUGGCGCCGCACCGCCGCGCCGAAUGCCUUGUUCUCCUUCUCGUGCCCUCCAGCUCCUCGUCCGAGUCCUGAGCGAGGCUGGCACGCCGACGGGGGCGGUAUUUCGGCGACAUCAUGCGUCGGCCGGCCGCGUAGUUUGAAUGUGAGGUUCCGCUCUGAGGAUCAAUCCGGUAUCCCCAGAACCAUCUUCCAACCGCAGGUAAAAUGCGAAUGUUUGGAUGUGGGAAAUGGCCCUGUUGCACCAUGCACCGGCGGUCUCACCGUUCUUGAAAUGCCACGACUCUCCACUGGGACCCGACCAUCAUCCUCCCCCCGCGCAGGAAAAGCUGGCCACGGGGGGGACGUCAUUGGCCCAGUCGACGUGGCCAUGCAUGAGGCGACCCCUCCCAGCGGGCUCUCUGUGCACACCGAAGCCUGCAUGCUGUGGCUCGUCCAGGCGAAUAGGAAUGCGUGGGAUCUGAGUGACGCUCUCGGAUUGGUGUAA